UUCUAAUUUCUCAGCAAAGUGUAUUAUACAUAGCGUUAUCAACCUCCUAUUUUGAUCAUUCACAAGACUGUCACAGCCUAUUCGGAGCUAUAGCCAGAAUUUUGACGAGUGUCGAAAGUACCGUAGUUAUUAUGACAUUGUACCAGCUACUAUUAUUGCUCGCAGCUGUUGUUGCCCUAACAGUCUCUGACGACGGAAAACUUGCUAAUCAAACAGAAAAUUGGAAAAAGGUAGCAGUACCAUGUCAAGGGAUUGAAUUUGUUGACUUUAUUCUAAAAAGCAUUGAGAACAAGACACGAGUAGUUUUAGCAGAUUGCCAAAAUCAAAACUAUGUUGUAAAUUCAAAUCUAAACAUUUCAUUUAUUGACAAACUUCUCAUCCAUAGAAGCCAGCCGAAUUUCUCCAGAAUAUAUUGCACAUCGAACACGGUAAUUAGCUUUACGAAUGUCACGAACCUCUACUUGGAAAAUCUUUACAUAUUAAACUGUGGGAAUGAAAGGCAAAACGGAGGAUUAAAAAUAACCAACUGUACAAAUGUCACACUAAAUGGAGUUACAAUUGAGAACAGCUGGAGAACUGGUUUGACAAUGAUCAACGUUAGAGGCAACGUACUAAUGGAGUACAGCAAUUUCUUGAAUAAUAGCAGGCACCAAAGCAACUUAACACAGCAACUCCUUAACAGCACUUACAAUGACUUUCACGAGAGAGGAGGAGGUAUGCAAGUAAUGAUAGGCGAUGGUCAAGCAAAUGGUUCCUUUAUGAUAAGGAACUGCAACUUCUCACGCAAUUCUGCCUCUCACGGAGGAGGUCUAUUUCUAGUACUUCACGAAGAGGCUACAGGAAACAAAAUCACAAUUGACAAUACAGUUUUCGAGCACAAUGAUUGCCAAUAUGGUGGCGGAGGAGUGCAAAUUGGGUAUGUACAAGAGGAUCCAAAUAGAAACACAAUCACAAACAACAGUAUUCUCUUUAAACAAUGUAAUUUUUAUCAAAAUACAGCUAAAUAUGGAGGAGGUACAACAGUUUUUUCUACGCUAGGUUCACUCGAAUUCUCAAAAAACGUUUUGACUUUCAGUUCCUGCAAUUGGACAAACAAUUCAGCGAUUCUUGGACUGGCAAUGGACAUUUCUGUCGCACCUUGGGAAACUCUCACGUCACGGCGACACCUCCCUUCCCCCGUAUUUAUCGACUGUGUUUUUAGUGGGAACAGAGAUACAUCUGUCAUCAGAUCACCAUUCAUUCUCAACAAACCCAGAGGUAUUUUGGUCGUAACCAAAUUCAGAUUGGAGUUUAGAAAUUUUACACUUUUUAUACAAAACUUAGGCUCUGCUAUUGAAGCUACAUCAGCAACAUUGGACUUUCAACCCAAUUCAAAUGUGCAUUUCAUUGAAAACAAAGGCCUUCAAGGUGCUGCAAUGAAUUUGAAAGCAUCAACAGAGGUAAUCAUUCGUGACAACUCGUUCUUUUUGUUUAAAAACAACACCACCACUUACAGUGGAGGUGCUAUAUAUGUAGAAUUUUCAGAUAAACAUUCUUUCUUCACUUCAAAACGUUGUUUCCUUAGGUAUGUUGGUGGGGAAGAGCCUAAAAAUGUCACACUUACAUUUGAGAAUAACUUUGCUGCAGUAGAUUCUUUGAGCCAACAAUGUCAGUUAAAAGACGAAAAUAUCAGACAUCAUGGUGAUUCGAUAUUUGCUACUUCUGUUAUACCUUGCUUUGAAAAAUGCAUUCAAUCAUUACGAACUGACGUAUCACUGCCUAUAACUGAUACUCUCAAAUGUAUUGGACAGUUUUCGUUUGAUGAACUUGACACUAGACGAAGACAAAUAUCCACAUCUCCACACCAUUUUGCAGCCACAGAAACUACCAGUAGCUUUGAAUACGAUAAUAUGUGCUCAGUAAUUGUCAAUAUCACAAACAAUACAAUGAGGAGGAAUCCCAACUAUCAACCAGAAAGAUUCAAUCCAUUUGAGGGACCACUUCAUCUAAUCCCUGGAAAUCAACGAAGAUACCACUGCGGCUAGUACGAUUUAUGUGCUGAAGUUUUCUUCGUUGUACAAGUACGAGUAGUGUCAUCUGAAAUGAACUCACUAAUUAUCCACACCGCUCAUUCAGUACUCACAGACAAUUCUUUAACUCUUUACGGAGAAGAAAAUGACACAGGACACAUACAACUUACAACGUUUGGAAUCCGAGCUAUCAGCGUCACAAUCAAAGUAACAAUGGACCAGUGCCCUCCCGGUUACAUACAUGACAAUUACGAUGGAUUAAAGGCAUGCCAGUGCUCUAGUAUUGACGGAAUGAACUAUCAUGGGAUUGAGAGAUGUAAUGUAAGUGAAUUUAGAGCUUACGUAAAGCAUGGAUAUUGGGUAGGAUAUGUUAAGAAUCGCAGCGAAUCAAGUUUAGCUAGUGCUCUGUGUCCAAAAGGAUUUUGUAUUAAUAAUACAGCCCCACCAAAAGAGCAUUUACUGCCAGCAAACAUUAGUGAGGAUAUAAGCCUGUAUAUUUGCAAUGCUAACAGGACUGGUAUGAUUUGUGGAUCAUGUAAGGAGAACCAUUCAGCCUACUAUCAUUCACUGUCUUUCUACUGUGGAAGUAGCGAUCUGUGCCAUCUGGGUUGGUUGUUUUAUAUCCUGUCUGAGCUUAUCCCCGUUACGAUACUGUUUCUGGUAGUAAUCGUAUUUAACAUUUCUUUCACAUCAGGGCCACUAAAUGGAGUCAUAUUUUUCAUUCAAAUGAUUGACACCCUAAAGAUAAAAGCAGAGAAUUUUAUUUGGUUUGAUACCCCAUUGCAUACCAUAGCUCAACUUUAUCAAUCUGUUUUUCGGAUGUUCACUUUAAAUUUCUUUUCACAUCAACACUUGUCGUUUUGUCUCAUACGUCAUGCUUCAGCUAUGGAUGUGCUAGCCUUUAAGUACAUCACCAUUAUUUACAGCCUGCUACUUGUUUUUGGAACUGUUUUUUUACUGAAAAUUUGUAACUUUAAGCUCUGUGGAAGAUCUCCGCCUAGCCUCAAAGGUUCCAUUAUCCAUGGUCUGUCUGGUUUCCUAGUGAUGAGCUACUCAGAAUGUACAAGAGUUUCUCUUAUGAUACUCACUAAAUCACAUGUCUAUGUUGGAUCUAAUUCAGAAAAUGUUGACUUUGUUACUUUCUACAAUGGAGAUUAUUCGUACAUGGGACCUGAGCAUUUGAAAUAUGCCAUUCCUGCUAUCAUUUUCAUUCAAACUAUGGUAGCAAUACCUCCUCUGUUGCUACUCACCUACCCUUUGUGUUACAAGUUGUUUGCUCUGUUGAGGAUAGAGGAAUCAAAGUGUGUGCAGAUGACCUGCAAGAUGAUCAUCCCUCUAGAAAAAACCAAACCACUUUUCGAUUCAAUACAGGGUGCUUUCAAAGAUCGCUAUCGGUUUUUUGCUGGUCUCUACUUUCUCUAUAGAUUGUGUGCGCUACUAUCCUUCACACUAUCAAAUACACUUACUACACACUACACACUAACUGGAGCGCUGCUGGUUUCUAUGCUUACUCUUCACGCUACAUUUUGUCCAUACAAAAAGAGGUGGCACAAUAUUUUGGAUGCCAUAUUGUUUUGCAACCUAAUUAUCAUCAACACGAUAACGCAUUACAACUACAGCCUCUCUUUUCUCAAAUUUGACUCUACUACUCUAGUAACAGUGAUGAUCAGUUUGCAAUGCGUACUAAUACUUCUCCCAUUAGUCUACUUGAUUGCCUUUACUAUAUAUUCAAUAGUGGUGAAAACAAAACCACUAUGCACACUCAGAUGUCACAGUUCUGCUCAACGAAAUACAGAAGACGAUUCCGAUAUUAUUCUGAAGAUUUUGGAUGAGAGGAACAUUGAAAAUUCAACAGAAGGCAGUGGCUACAACUAUGACAAUACAUUAGAACCUAGUGAUUACACCCUAAUGGAAGAUGUCAAGGAAAAGAGAUCUGAUAUUGAUUAAGAAUUCAAAUUGAAAGUUAUUGGGAACACAGUUUACAAACCUUGCUAAAUGUUUACUUAAUAAGCCUAUAUAGAUAGAUGUAGAUGUGCUAAUUUUAUAUGCAGUUAACAACAAACACCACUCAAACAAUGUGAGACAAUAAUAUUAUUUUCCUUCUUAUUAUAUAAUACAUGUCAGUGAUAUAUAAAAUCAUGUACCUCAGUCACCCAGGCCUAUAUGCAGCCAGCUCAUUCUCUUACCAUUCUCUCUGCAGGUUGAUAUUCUAUGGUGAAUGCAAGAUUAGAUAUAAUUAU